CGAUUUCAAGGGACUUCUCUCCCACUGCUCCCACUAGCAAAACCCAGCAGCGAAAGGACAAUCCAGUCGAACAAGUAAAGAACUCGGUACUGACCAUGACACCCUUUUGCGCGCUCCUGUAUUACACUGUUAUUUAGUAUGUCUGAUAAAAUUAGGUUUAAAGCACGCAAACUAUCCUCAUGAGCCUCAAAAACCGUUCUUAGCCGACUUGUUACGGAGAGUAGCCGACGGCUACGGACUGUCAUAGUAGCCGACGACUACGGGAGCUUGUGUUAAAUUAUCUCUAUCGUUUGGAGGUUUUAGGAGGCCUGCCGAUUAGUUCAGCUCCCAGGGACUGCUGCCUGACAAAUCGAGCAUGUUGGGGCGAGCUCACACGAAAGCUUGAUGAUAGAUAGUAUACUAUCAAACAUGAAAGAUGGUUCCCCAACGCACAAAAAAGCUACUAAGGCUUGAGCGAGAGUGCGCUACCGCAAACGCCACUUGUCUGUGGCGGCCUUGUGGUUUCAAUUAAUCUGAUUAUGAGAUUGGUAGUGAUGCAAUUGUCUGGCACACUAUAGGAGACCCUGAAGCCUUUGGGGGACGCGAUGCCGCUCAGCGUCUGAGUGCGUGAGAAGCGAGUAAUUCGCCCUUGAUUCAGCUCUCCGGAAAGAGCAAAUACUUACAGAUACGUGGAGGCCAGGGCAAGGUCGCUUCAGAGUGACGCCUCGUCGGCGCCAAGGCGAAAAUGAACGAGGGCCCUGCCGGUGGAGGGGACCAGGUGCAAAUAUGUAAGGUCCAAGGCUGCACGCGCCGGAUGCAAAAUGAGAAGCAGUACUACCGGCGCUACGGCGUGUGUGAAAACCAUUUGCGCGCGCUUGAGCUUCUAGUCGAUGGGCGGAUGCAGCGGUUCUGCCAGCAGUGUGGCAAGUUCCAGGACAUCACCGAAUUCGACGACGUGAAGAGGUCAUGCCGCACACAGUUGGCCCGCCACAGCUUGCGCCGCCGCAUUAAGCUGUCGCAGAGGCGGCAGCAACAGCAACAGCAACACGACGACGAUGACAACAUGGACACAGAUGAAGGCGUGGCCGGCGGCGGCGGAGAGCUAGCGACGGGUGGCAUGGGUAACACGGAGCGCACCGCCGGUGCGGCGGUUGCUGCCGGUGGCCGGGAGGGCGAGGCAGCGAUCCUGCAACAACUGCAACAGCUACAGCAGCAGACAGACCUGCAGCUGUUGGCUACUGGCGCUGCUGCUGUGAAUGCAGCAGGCGCCGGCAGCUGGCAGUUGGGUGCGACAUCUGUCACGGCAGCGGGCGCUGGCACUGCCGCCGCCGUGGCGGCUGCUGGCGGCGGGGCGCUUGAUCUGGGUCAGUGGCUCCCGUCCGCCGUGGGAAGCCCUCAGCUGCCUGGCGGCUCCGCAACGGGAAGAGCAGCAGGCGCUAGUGGUACAUUAACUGCGGCCGGGGCCGGCGCCGGCACGGCUGACGGCAGUGGCAGCGGGUUCUUUCUUGACCUGGCGGCUGCGCCCGGCACAGACCUGCAGCAGCAGCCACAGCAGUCGCAGCAGCGGCGGAUUUCGCUUGCGCUGGGUUGCGGUAGCAGUGUUGACGUGGGCGGCGGGCUGCUGCCUGAUGACGCGGCGCCGGUGCGCCUGGUGGCUCCACAGCUGCUGGCCACACAGCAGGAGCGGCAGAAGACGUCAGCGGAUGGAGGACUGGUCAGCAUAACGCGUCGUCGCAGCCGGGGCAGCAACAGCGGCACUGGCCCUUUCACGGCUGACGGCAGCGCCGGCCUGACGCCGAUUGCCGCCGCCGCCGCUGCAGCCGCUACUACUGCCACAGCAAGCGGCAGUAGCCAGCAGCAUGGCGCCACCGGCACCGGUGCCCGCACCUUUGCGCACGUGGCCAUGUACUCGGACACGCUUCCACCAGCAGCUUCUGGGCCGCCUGUGGCUGCUGCUGUCAGUGGGGCAGCGGGCCCUCAGCAGCGGCCCCUGCCUGGGACAGUGGCGGGAGGCGCAUCGUUGUCUGCUGCUGCCGAUGGGUUGGAUGCGGGUAGAAACCGCAAAGGCCAUGUGCGUUUGGCGGACGUAUGCGAUGUGGCAGAGCUGGAGGUUGCCGUUGGCGUGCCCGCCCUCCAUAGCGGCGCUAGCGGCGGCGGCCCCGCUGCGGGGGCCGUUGGUGUGACGUUGGCGGCAGCAGCAGCAGCAGCAGGCGGCACGCAUGUGCCUGUUCAGGUCGGAGUGGUCAACAUGCAGCAGCCUCUGUCGCGGCAGCUGAACCCGCAGCAGUUUAGCUUGCACCACCAGCAGCAGAAUCCGCAACAGCAGGAGCAGCCGUCGCCGUUCUCACUACCACCGGGCGCAACUCACCACUCGCUUGGGAUGCACCAGCAGCUUCAGCCGCCGCUGCCGCCACCGCAGCAGCAGCCUCUGUUGCGUAACCAGCAGGACACCUCUCAGCAUCAGCAUUCGCACCAGCAGGCGGCGCAGCAGCAGGCAGCGCUAGCGGCGCAAAUGGCCCAACACGCUUUCAGUGCUAACCCCGCGUUCCAUGUGCCGCAAGAGACGGAAGCGUGGGCAAGCUCGCAAAGCGGCUCUGCAAUGCUCCGCAGUGGCAGCGGAGGUGGCGGUGAUAUGGUGCGUGGCGCGUCCGGCAGCUUUUCAGUUGGGGGGGCUCCUACCAUCGUCGGCGCAUUCCUGUCGAGACAGCAGGAGGUCAUUGCGAGCCAGCAGUUGUCCCUGGCCGCCGUCACGCAGCGCCAGCAACUGCAGGGGCCCAUCACGUACCAGCCGCCGCACGGCGGCAGCGCGGUAGGGGGGCUUCCCGCCGGACCCAACAGCGGCAGCGCUGCAGCAGGCGGCGCAGCGGGCGCUACAGCAGGUGCUGCUGCUACUGCUGCUGCUGCUGCUACUGCUGCUACUGCUGCUACAGCAGGUGCUGCUGCUACUGCUGCUGCUGCCGCACCCUCCCCGGUUGCCCAGCGCCUGAAUCAGUUCUCUGCGGUACAGGAGAUCCUGACGCAGCGCCUGGCGGAGCAGUCCAUCGUGCGCGAUGAGCGGCUGGACUCAGAACUGAACACGCUCCUGGACGAACUGGCGGCGGAGCAGGAGCGCGAGGAGAUGCGCAUGUUGCGGCAGCGGCAACAGCUGCACCAGCAGCAGCUGCGACAGCACCAGCAACAACAACAGCAGCUGCUGCUGAUGCACCAGCAGCAGCACCAACAGCAGGACAGGCGCUCGAGCAAUGCCACCACGGCAUACGGCAGCACCAGCAGCGGCUCAGCGGCGGGCGGGCGCGUCCUGCUCAGCGCAGCAGCGGCAGCGGUAGCCCUGGCUGCCACCGGCAUCAGCUCCGGCCCCCCAGCUUGGGCGUCUUCCUCAGCCGCCUCGACCUCAAACGGCUCUGCCGGCGCCACCUCCGGCUCUGGACCCACUUCGGGGUCUGACCACCUGACGGCGGGCCCGGCACCGUUGGCAUCAUCUGGGUCGGAGAUGCCGUUGCGCUUCCUGCAACAGCAGCAGCAGCAGCAGCAGCAGCAGCAGCAACAACAACAACAGCAACACCACCAACAACUGUUGCAGGCGCCGCAGCAACAGCUGUUGCACGCCUUACAGCCGCAGCAGCAGGAGAUGGGCGGCCUAGUAAGUGGCCUUCCCCCGCUGCUGGUCGGCAUGCAGCAGCAGCAGCAGCAGCAACAGCAGCAGCAGCAGCAGCAGGUCCCUUCCCUGUCAUUUGGCGCUAUGCCGCCGCCGUCUGCACUGCCGGCCGCUAGGGCUGCCCCCAUGGCUGCUGGCAUCACUGCUCGCACCGCGCUGCCGCCGCUUCAAGCCCCGAUGCAGCAGCAGCUGCACGCCGCGCCCGGCAGCAGCGGGGGCGGCAUGCCAUAUGGUGCGCAGCAGCCUCUAUGGUUGUUGCAGCAGCAGGCGGAUCCCUCGGCGGCAGCGGCCACCGCUACAGGAGCGGCGCCGAACAUGCAGCGGCAGCCCCUGAUGAUCAACGCGGGCAGCAGUGCCGGACCGCCCUACAGUGUUCAGGGCAUGGGGCUCAGCGGCGGCGGCAACAACGCUAUCCUGGCGCCUGGCGCCGGCGGCGGCGGCGUGCGGUGUGGCCCAUCGGGCGCUCCCUCAGGGAGCGACAGCGGCCCCGCUCCUCACACUCCGCUUUUGACGGACGACUUGCACCACCUGCACAGCGCACCACCGAUGAACAACGACGGAAGGGGCGACGGAAACGGAAAUGGCAAAAGGAGUGAAGCGGCGGCGGCGGGAGACCUGGGCGGUUGGGCACACAUUAUGGCUGCUGCAGAGGCCUGGGGUGCAGAUGAGCAGCAACAGCAGCCGCAGCCGCAGCUGGAGCGGCAAGUAGUGUCAGCACAAGGUCACCAGGUGUCUGAAGCUUUGCAGCGGGCUCCGGGCGUAAACAUGGACGGAAGCCGUGCGGGCGCUGACGAUGACAGCGAGCGCGCGCGGGUACGGCCGCGCUGGGGGUACGCUCAGCAGCCUCAGGGUGGCGGCGCCCCGUCCACUACUGUGCGCAAUGCUGCUACCGACACCACCGCUGCUCCCGUCCGCUAUGGCGUCGCCGCUAGCCUCACUGGCAGUGGCAUGCCGCCGCCGCCGCUGCCACCAUGGGAAGGCGGCGGUGUGGGCAUGGCUGCGCAGCCUGCCGCCGUUGGUGGCGGCGCCGCUGCGGCGGUAAUAACAGACGCCGCCGCCGCCGCCGCCGCCGCCGGCAUGCCUGCAGCUGCUGCUGCGUACGAGCCCGUGCACGUGCUGCGGCGGCUGUCGCUCAAGCUGUACGGCUGCUCGCCCGCCGACCUCAUGCCUGACACACGGCAGCGGCUGGCGGCGUGGCUGGCUUCGAUGGACCUGGCGCUCAUGCAGCUGACGGUGCGGACCGGCUGCGCGCACCUGGUUAUGGACGUGCUGGCGGGCGGCCGGCCGGCGGCCGGCCGCCGGGCCGGCGGCGGUGGCGGUGGCGAUGCGGCGGUGGCGAGCCGGCAGCCCACGCCGCCAUCAUCAACGUCAUCGCCAGCGGCCCAGACCGACGCCUCGGACCGCAGUCCGUCAUCGGAGGCAAGCCCGCCGUCCGCAGCGGGGCACGCAGUAGUGGCGGCGGCGGCAGAAAUUGCUGGCGCAGCCAGCAGCGCAGUCGGCAUGUCAAGUGUGGCCGCCGGCGGUGCCGACGGUGGCGCUGCCGUCACACCAGCCGCGGCAGCUGUGACGGCCGCGCUUGUGAUGGGCAUGUUCGAGGAAGCCAGGGCGCAUGGCAGUAGCAGUGGCAGCAGCAGCAGUGCACGAAGCUUGCGCGGGCUGCUGCUGGGCACGUCGCCUGCCAACGCGCCGCCACCACGGCCGCGCCACCAGCCACCGCAGCCGGCGGUGGACGGCGCCUCUGCCGCUCCCGGCCACACCUUCACAGCAACGUCGCCGUCUCCUGCACCAGGCUCAUAUGCCACGGCCGCCACGCCUGCUGGUGUAGCUGGUGCCGCUGCCGUGCUAUCGCCGCCAAGGCCUGCUGCUGUGGCUGGGCGACCGCCGUCGCUCAUGUCCUCGAGCAGCAUAGGCACCGGCGGCACGGUGGCCACGGGCCGGCACGGCGGCAGCAGUACCGCCAGCGGUGGCGUCAGCAGCAGCGGCAUGGCGCAGAGCGUCAUGAUGAUGGUGAGUGACAGUCCUGAAGGCUCGGCGGCCAGAGUCAGAGAGCUUUACGGCUACAGGGGCAGCAACGAGUAUCGCCCGCCGGGCGGCGGCACUGGCGGUGACACCAGCAGGGCCGCCAUGAGCGGUGGCAACCGGCAAAGCGGCAGCUGCAGGAGCACAGCUGCCGCCGAAGGCACGUCGACGGAGGUGGCGCCCGGCGGCGCGGUAAGGCCGACGGGGACGCUCAUGCAGCAGCUCCGCGCGCGCGACGGCGGCAGCGGCAGCGUCUUCCAGAUCGGCAGCCCUGCCAGCGACGACCCGUCGCCGCCGGCUCCCCCGCCGUCGCUUGCGGCAGAGGUGCCUUUGGUGCCUUCGCUGUCGACGCCGCUUGAGCAGCAGCAGCCUCAGGCUGCGGGUGACGAUCUGGGUGUUGCGGGCGGUCAUGUUGCGGCAUCGCGGCCGCAGCCCAUGGAGGGGCUGGUCGCGGCCUCUGCCGCUGCCAUCAUGCGUGCCCUGCGUGACUCCGACGAGCACACGCCCAUGGCAAGCCCGGCAGCAUCCGUGCAACAACCAGCACCCACCGCAACGACAACGGACAACACCGCCGGAGCGCACGACGCAGGAAGCGGAGCUGCGGCCGCCGCCGCGCCAACCACCCCCGGCUGGGCUGAGGCCCAAGGCCGCGCGCUGCUGCGGCUGCUGGCACUGGCUGCCGCCGGCCCGUCCCAGGCAGCCGGCGGAGUAGACACCCUCUCACCUGAUGAUUCUCCUGGGAGUGCUGCUGGAGGUGUAGCAGGUGGCGGCGAGGUGGCCGCUGCUGCCGCGCAGCAGCAGGCCGCCCUGACUCGGCUCCUGCAGGACCUGCUGGGGCCGCGCUGGGGCGAGCCCGGGGACGAAGGGCAGGAGGCGUGCGUGGGGCACCGGGUCAUGCUGCAGCUGGAGAAUCAGGCACUGUGCUGGGUGCAACCUCCCAGCCAGUCACGACUGGAGUUCCAAGCAGUGUUGCCCCAGCUGCUUCCAGCAGCGCCGCUCACGGCUGCGCCCUCUCAGCAGGCGCGGCGGGAGGUGGCCCCCGUAGCGCCGCCGCCGUCGCCAACCCCGGAGCCAACCCCUCCAGCCUUGGUGCUGUCCGUGAUGCCGCCCGCCGUGAUCGCUGGCGGCGUGUCGCCGCCGUGCGUUGUGGUUACGCUGCUUGGCAGUGAAGGGCCAUAUUCACCGUUUUCCUUGAAACACGGAACACCCAUUUACCGUGAAGGCACUGGUCUGCUGCCCGCAUCAGACACGGAGGUAACGGAGCCGCCCGUGGUGCCAUUGACGCCCAGCAGCGCCGCCGGAGGAGGUGCGGCAGCUGCGGGGCGCCGCCGGCAGUCGCCGCUUAUGCCGCCGCUGCCGGCGGCACAGCUGCACGUGCGUCAGGGCGGCGAGCCGCUACUCUCCUGCCAGCUGGCGUCUCUACCCCUCCGGCGCGUGGCGCUGAUCCCGGCAUCGCCCAAACCCGCCGCAGAGGCAGUGGCGCCGCCGGCACCGCCCGCCGGUGCGACGCUUCCUAUCCUGCUGCAGGGCUUGACGCUGACCGACGAAAGUGAGCCGCCGCCAUCGCUCAAUGCGGCGGCGCAGCCGACGCGGGCACCCGUCGGCGGGCGGCGCUACACCGCCGCAGACUACCCUCUCAGCCGGCUCGCCAGUAGCUCUCUGGACCCUGGUGUUGUUCACAGCGUGGCAGCUGCUGCUAGCAGCAGCCGCUCCGACCCAGCAGACCCUGGGCCGCCGGGGGCGGCACCUGCAGUGGCGACGGAGCGUCAUCACGCCUCCACAGCUGUGGCCGUGUCGCUGACGCUGCCGCCCCUGGCCGCCGCCGGCCUCGCCGUCAUCGAAUGCAGCAGCGGAGAUAUGCUGGGCGGCUGGCAGCCGCUGGUGGUGCUGCCGGCGGCCUUCCCGGGUGCCGCGGCCGCGGCGGCCGAGCUGAGCGCGCUGGUUGCGGCGGCGGAGGCGGCGGCGGAGGCGGCGGAGGCGGCGGCCGGCCGCACAUCCGCGCCAGCAGCGCCUGGUGGUGGUCCGGCCCCUCACAAACACCCUACGGAUGGUGUUGCUGACCUCACCUCAGCAGCACCAGAAGCAGCAGUGGCGGCCACGCCUGCUACAGCGGCUGUGGCUGUAGCAGCUGUCGGUGGCGCCGCGGGUGUGCGCGACUUCCUGGUGGACCUGGGUCGGCUGCUGCAGCUGGGGGCGGCGGCCGCGCCGCUGGAGGCGCUGGGGUACACAGACGACUGGGCAGCGUACGAGGCCUACGCGGAAGCCAAGGCGGCCAUGCCCGACGCUGUGCUAACGGCCGGACGGGUGCUGCGGCAAUGCAUGGCGUGGCGCCUUCCUUCGUGCACAGCUCUGGCAGCGAGCCUGAUGCUGGACUUUGCGCAGGUGCCGCAGUAGACCGGCAGCGGCGGGAUGCACACGUACGUGCAGCGCCGUGGUCUUUCGUGGGCCAGAUUUUGCUGGGGCCACACGGCGGUGUUGAUCCCCAUUACAGGCGCCCCGAUGGCUAACGUGGCGGAGAGAAGGAGAGAACAAGCACACACGAGCAACGCAACGCUACAGACUUGGCACUGCUGAGAUGUGCCCCCACAUGUUGCAGUAACAAAUGUGCCUGCCCACCGCCCAAAUGUCCCCCAUCCGGUGUAACAGCCGGCCGCUAGACUGUGCAGCCGCAUUUUGUCAGGGGCUUAAACUUCCUGUGAUAGGCAGCGUGCUAGUCAGAGUGGUUGCGAAAUUAGGGUUUACUGUGAUGUGGUUUGAAUUGUUGGGUCUCAGAUCACAAAACUGGUACACCAAAAACCAUCAGGGGUUAUGUCCCCCACAACUGCUCAAGCGUUUCGGAUUUCACAAUCCAGUGAAUUUAUUACGGUGUAGGCGUUCUUGUGCCCGGAAGUGCUGCCGCAGCGCGCUGCUUAAUCAAGUAACGCACGUGUGUAUGGCUGAGAGCAACGGCGGCAUUGCACUCGGCGCUCACAUGAUGACAACACUUUCACUGCUACCCCCAUGCCGGCUUGAUGCGCCUGCAGCUUAGUCAAAUUAAGCGUAAGCCAUGCUAACCGAACCGUGACUUCUCUUUAUGGCAUUCGGACAUGUACGAGGCGUGGGUGAGUGUGCGUGCGUGCCAGCGAUGUAUGGUGGAAUACUUUGAGUACGUAGGGCUGAGGUUACUCAUUACUAUGUGCGUUCCAAGAGCAGUGAACUAAGGGAUCCGCAUGCAUGGCUACAUAUGUAUAUGCGUUUGUCGCCCGUGGCUGCUGGGUGCAAGUCAAGGCACAGUGAUGAGACUGUGUGGUGGUAUUGGCCACUGCGCUGUGUACUGAUGAGUCUUGUGCAGCCCACAUACACCCAGCUUGGCUUUGUUCAGCUGCUUGCCGGUGAGCGUGCUCUUUUAGGUAGUUAAUGUGCACGCGUGCGUGUGUGUGGGUGUGGUGCGUGCGUGCGUGCGUGCGUGCAUGAGUGGGUGUAGGGUAGAACAGCCGCGCUAACGGCUCAGCAGGGAGGGGGCUGCUGUGGCUUGGCUGCGAGCGGCACAAUGUUAACCAAUCAUGCUAGGUGAAGAGUGGAAAUGGUCGUGGGACUGGGCAGGCUCCCGUUACGGUAUUGUGGUUGGGUGCUACCUUAAAACUCCUCCGAUAGUUAUUUAUCCAGCACCAGCCGCAUUGGGUGCUGGGAAGGGACAACUGUAGGGAAGUCCUGCCAGCUUGCACGGGCAGAGCUAGCGCCGACAGGGCAGGGCGCGGAUACGGAUCACUGGUUAGCAAUCUGCGGAUACGACGAAUGCAAUCUGCUUUUUGCUGACGCGUAUUUGCGAGGCCAUUUGAAACCCUACGAGCCCUGGGCGGCACUGGUUGUGGGGGACAGCUGGUAUGCACGGAUGGAUCAUCAUUAUAUAUGGAGGAGGCACGUCGGCCGCACAAUACGGUAGAAGGAUAGCAGAUCUAUCUAUGGUAGUGUGCAGGGGUAUGCGUCUGUGCGUAUGUAUGGCUGGGGUGCUUGAUGGAGUAAGCCGGGUUGAAGGGUGCGCACUCACACGAGAGCGCGUAACGUACGUACCCGGGAGUAGACCGCGUUCGAGUACAUGGGAAGGCUGUUUGAUGGUGUGCUUUGUUUGUGACCAGGGCAAGUAGAUUGGUUGUGAUUGAUGGCGUUGCUUUACGGAAACUAAGGGCUGCGGUCGAGGUGAGGGAAAUGUCACGUUGAAGGUAAGUAAUUCGCACAAGGCAGUGCGCGUGUUGUGUGGUUAUAUGCGAUGGCGUGGCCAGGCGUUGCUGACCGCUGUGGCCACAGCGCUUGAUUGCGGGCACCAGGGGAAAGAUGGGGUGAAGAUUGGCAAGGGGUCGCUGGAGUGAGUGUAUGGGGGGGGGGCGGGUUGGUAGUUGACGGAUGCUGAGUAUGCCAGGGGGCGUGGGAAUACUCCAGACGCAUCUGUGUCUGUACUUUGCAGUAACCAGAAGUAGUGAGCGUUGAGGACGCAACAGGAUGAGGGAGGUGUGCAGUGAGAAAGCGGUAUGGAGUGUGCUUGGCAGGCAGAUGGGGCAUACAGGGCAGUUGAAGGGUUCUACAGCGUGCACACAGAACCGACAGCAGGCGAAGGAAAGCGAAGAGUGUGUGAUGGAUGGCGACACUACGUCUUGGAAGGGAACCCACAUGUGUCGUCGGCGCGCGAUGAUGUGCGGACUGCAGCAGAAAUACGGAGUUGCUCGUACUUCAUUCGGCAGUAGUCGGCAAGCCAGAGCCCACUCAUGCUCAAGUGUGACGUGAUCUUCAGUCAACAUCGUUGCUUGUACUUCAGUCGACACCUG